AUGAGCAACUGUUGCAAGAUCAAUGGCUUCAGCAAUCAACCCAAUAUUUUGGCUGUCAUUUUUGACCUAGAUAGCACACUUCUUGAUACUGAAAGGGAUACAAGGGGUUUUUUGAAUGAGUUCUUGGGAAAGUAUGGGAAAGAAGUGAAUAAGGAAAGAGAAGAAAAGAAAAGGAUUCCUUACCAAAAAGGUUGGACAGAAAGCUUCUAUGUAAUUCUAGGAAAUGACCAGGUUAAAUUUGGGAAGCCUGCUCCUGAUUUGUUUAAAGAAGCUGCCAAGAGAAUGAGCAUAAACGCAAUGAACUUCCUUGUGUUUGAAUAUUCCUUGUUUCAACCUGAGCAAUGGGGCCUUCCACCUUUUAAUGAUUGGGUUGAUAGCACAUUGCUUGUUGAGCCAAUUUGUCCUAGCAGAUUUACUUCGGUUGGACCUGAGUUUUAUGUGGGGAUAUUAUAUUUCACUGAUAAGGAUCAUUUGGAACCUGGUUGCUCUAUUCUGAUGCAUAAUAAGGUUCUUUUUGUUGUUGGGCUUCUUCAAGAUGAAGUUGAUCAAAUGGUUUUUGUUAUGAAGAGAGAGAAAGCUCCUUUAGAAUCACAUGUUGACAGUGGUUGGUUUGAUGCCCACUCAGGUGGACAGCGUGAAAUUCAAAGGACAAUGUUGGAGUUGCUAUACCAGUUAGAUGGUUUUGAUUCUAGAGGAGAUGUAAAAGUUAUUCUCGCAACCAACAGAAUUGAAAGCCUUAAUCCAGCUUUGCUGCGACCAGGUCGAAUAGACAGGAAGAUUGAAUUUCCUCUCCCAGAUAUUAAAACAAGAAGGCUGCAAAUCUCAUUCCAAUUUCCAUCACUAUUUUCCAAAAAAAGAAAAGAAACUAAAUAUUACUACAUUCAAAGUGUAUCAAAUACAAAAAAAAUUGCACAAAUCAUUUUCUUUAGUUCUAAUGUCAUAAGCUUUCUUCAUGCUGCUCACUUUCGUCAGGCCGUGCUUUGGAGUGCUUCAACCAAAUCUCUUGUUUUCUUUCAAGCUUCAAAACCAAGCUGA